AUGUCGGGGGCCUAUGACGAGUCGGCCAGCCAGGAGGAUGCCACAGACAGCUUCUGGGAGGUGGGGAACUAUAAGCGUGCUGUGAAGCGGAUUGAUGAUGGCCACCGGCUCUGCAAUGACCUGAUGAACUGUAUACAAGAGCGAGCCAAAAUCGAGAAGGCCUACAGCCAGCAGCUGACCGACUGGUCUAAGAGAUGGAGACAGCUGGUGGAUAAAGGGCCCCAGUACGGCAGUGUGGAGAGGGCCUGGGUGGCAAUGAUGACCGAGGCUGAGAAGGUGAGUGAGCUGCACCAGGAUGUGAAGAACGGACUGCUCAACAAUGACUUUGAGAAGGUGAAGAACUGGCAGAAGGACUCCUACCACAAGCAGAUGAUGGGAGGCUUCAAGGAAACCAAAGAGGCAGAGGAGGGCUUCAAGAAGGCCCAGAAACCAUGGGCCAAGAAGCUCAAGGAGCUUGAGACUGCCAAGAAGACGUACCACCUGGCGUGUAAGGAGGAGAAGGUGGCGUCCAGCAGAGAGGCCAACAGCAAGGCAGACACCUCAGUCACAGCCGACCAGCAGAAGAAGCUCCUGGACAAGGUGGACAAGUGCAAGCAGGACUCUCAGAAGGCUAAGGAGAAGUAUGAGAAGGCUCUGGAUGAGCUGAGGAAGUGUACGCCCCAGUACAUGGAGAACAUGGAGACAGUGUUUGACACGUGUCAGCAGUUUGAGGAUAAGAGACUGAGCUUCCUCAGGGAGGUGCUGUUAGACAUCAAACGACACCUCAACCUCACCGAGAACCAAAGUUACGCCACAGUGUACAGAGACCUGGAGCGCACCAUCACCUCUGCCAGUGCACAAGAUGACCUGAAGUGGUUCAGCAACAACCACGGCCCUGGUAUGCAUAUGAACUGGCCCCAGUUUGAGGAGUACAAUCCAGAGCUCACUCACAUGAUCAGCAAACGAGAGAAGUCGAAGAAAGGGGCAGACGGUAUAAUACUGACUAGCGUGACAGCAGCACCGAACCAUGUGGCAGCACCGGACCAUGUGGCAGCACCGGACCAUGUGGCAGCACCGGCUGGAGACAGGGGCAGUGUGAGCAGCUCUGAUAAGAACCAGGCCUACUCCUCUCAGGACCAGUCGGCAGAGUGGUCAGACGAUGAGCAGGCCGCGCCAAACUCCGGCUCAGACACCAAUGGGGGUGGGGCCAACCCCUUUGAGGAGGAGUCAGCGAAGGGCGUACGGGUGAAGGCGCUGUACGACUACGACGGGCAGGAACAGGACGAACUCACCUUUAAAGCAGGAGACAAGCUUACUAAACUAGAAGACGAGGAUGAGCAGGGCUGGUGUAAAGGCCUGUUGGACAGUGGCAAGUUGGGUUUAUAUCCUGCUAAUUACGUAGAGCCCAUCUAGUUGGGUUCAUAUCCUGCUAAUUACGUAGAGACCAUUUUGUUGGGCUUAUAUCCUGCUAAUUACGUAGAGCACAUCUAGUUGCUUGGGUCACCCAGACUGAACCGUCCAAUCAUACUGCACAUUGCCAGAGACUUCAAAGCAAUGCUUCCCUGUUCCCCCUCUUUGCCCGACCAACCAACACACUGACUGAACAGUCUUUAUUUAAACACUCCCCUAGGACCCACAUCAGAGAAACCCAGCACCAACAUAACCAACACAUAUCAGCUACAACACUGGGAUUGUUACCACAGUCAAACCAUGGCAGUAUGUGUGUACCAACAACACCACAACACCUACGAGCGCAGGAAAAAUAUUCUGCCGUGUUCUAUUCCAAUGUUGUGCUGUGGUUAUGAUGACAUUUACCUGGC